AUGUCAGACUCCGAGGAAUUGCGAGCGACGCUCCAGAGAACUGCCACUCAUUUCAUCGAUCGCUGUAAUGAACACACUGUCGAUGCUAUCCUCUCACUUCGUACCGACACCUGCAAGCACACACACCUCCCCUCAUCGCUUGGUAUUGGAACCUACAACAACGCAGAAUAUGGGGAAUUCUACGGCCGAUUUGCCGACAUGAUGAAAGACUGCACCUGCUGGAUAGCCGAUGACAAAGAGAUGGUUGUGGAUGUCGAGUCUCGAAAGGUGGUGAUGCAUGUGAAAAAUAAGGGGAUCACUCCGUUGGGAGAGUAUGAGAACGAAUACAUGUGGAUCUUGACGAUGACUGGAGAUGGGAAGAAGAUCGAGGACAUAGUAGAGUUCUGUGAUUCGGCAAAGGCGGUUGAACUCAUGAAGAAACAUCAAGGUCAAAUGAACGCCUAA